AUGGCCAGAUACAUACCGCCCAUGAACCCAUGCCUCCUUUCGCUUCUCCAAGCCUGCACCACCAUGGCUCACCUCAAGCAAACCCACGCUCGUAUCAUCCUCGCUGGUCUCUCUGUCCAACAAGACCAGAUCUCCACCAAAAUCCUCCACCUCUGCUCCCUCGCAACCCCUCCCGACCCCAACUACGCCCGCCUCCUCUUCCACCGAAUCCAAUCCCCCGACACCUUAUCCUGGAAUUGCCUUCUUCGAGCCCAAGCCGUUUCCCAGGACCCAAUCCGCAUCCUCUCUCUCUACAACGAACUUUUAAAUAGUGGCGCCAAACCAAAUGGCAUCACCUUCUCCUUUGUCAUCAAGUCGUGCUCUAAUCUUAAAAAUGUCCACUUCUUAAUGGGAAUUCAUGCACAAUUGCUAGCGUUAGGAUUUCAAUCCGAUACUCUAGUACUGAAUUCAUUGAUCCAUGGUUAUAUCGCUGGUGGAUUGGUCAAUUCCGCCCGUGUGGUGUUUGAUGAACUGCCGGAAAGAGAUUUGAUCUCGUGGACGGAACUCAUCAAUGGAUAUGUUCGUAGCGGUCGAGCUAAGGAGGCUGUAGAACUAUUUCUUCUUAUGAUGGAAGAAAAUGUGAGACCUGAUGAGAUCACUGCUGUUGCUGUUUUCACGGCAUGUGCUCAGUUGGGGGAUUUGAAUCUGGGUAGGAAGGUAGAGAGCUUGGCUUUCAAGUGUGGAAUAUGGUACAAUACUUAUGUGGUUAAUUCGUUGAUAGAUAUGUAUGGGAAGUGUGGGAGGAUUGUUGAUGCUUGGAAGUUGUUUGAUGGGAUGGUGGAUAAAGAUGUUGUAUCUUGGAACUCUAUGGUCGCCGGAUAUAGUAGAUGUGGCGACAUGGAUGCUGCAAGGAGACUCUUUGAUCAGAUUCCAAAGAAGAAUGAAGUCUCUUGGAGUUUGUUGAUCAAUGGUUAUGUGCAAAAUGGUUGCUUCAAAGAAGCUUUGAUGGUAUAUCGAGAGGUGAGCGAUAGUGGUAUUGCACCCAAUGAAGCAGCCAUCACUGGUACUAUUGCUGCUUGUGCACAUUUGGGGGCUCUUGAUUUUGGGCGAAGGAUACAUGUGAGCUUGGACAAGAGCAAACUCCAUUCGGAUGUUAUUUUGAGCACUGCCCUUGUAGACAUGUAUGCCAAGUGUGGCUGCUUGGGGAUGGCUUGUGAAUUGUUUGACAGGAUGGUAAAGAAGAAUUUAGUGUCAUGGAAUGUGAUGAUAAUGGGAUUGGCCAUUCAUGGGAAAGCUUCUGAGUGCCUUGAGCUCUUCUCUGAGAUGUUGCAAGAUGGUCUGAUACCUAACAGCUUGACCUUUGUUGGAGUCUUGUCUGCAUGUGCUCAUGCUGGACUUCUGACUGAGGCCUUUGAGUUCAUCAGAGAUUCCCCUGUCGAACCUGAUGUCGCUACCUGGGGAGCUCUUUUAAGUGCUUGUAGGUUCCAUGGCUAUGUUGAACUCGGAAAGUUUGUUGGGGAGAGGAUCCUUGAGUUGGAUCCAUCACACAGGGGAGCUUAUGUUCAGCUAUCAAGUAUGUAUGCUGCUGCUGGUAAGUGGAGGGAAGUCCUGGAAAUCAGGAAGAAAAUGAAAGAUAAAGGGAUCAAGAAUCGGUCUGGAUGGAGUUAUUUUGAUCUGAAUGGGACGGUUCAUGAAUUCCUUGUGGGGGUAAAUUCACAUCCAAGGAUCAAGGAUAUCCAUUCUGUGUUGCAUACAAUAGAUUGCCAGAUGCGUUCCAUGUGUUAUGCACAGAGUACUCGAUUACAACGAUGUUUGGAAUUUUGCUAG